GGCUGUGAGGGAUGGGCAUGUUUCACGCUCAAGUCUGUUUCCCUCUUUUUCCCACUGGUAGAAAUCCCACAACCACAAGGGUCACCAGGCUGUCUUCUCCUGCAGACACAACACCCACGGGUUUCUGAUCCUUGAACGCUCCCCUCUCCGUUUGCCCUCGUCCUAAACCCCGUUGUCCGCCCAGUUCCGCAGAAGCUGUGAGAAACCACACGCGCCUGCAGCCGGUGAGCCAAUCUUGGGAGGGGAUGUCAUCCGCCACGUUUUCAAUGCCAGGCAUACAAGCAUCUUCCCAAUAGCUCCGGCCUGCGUUUCUUCUUGCUUGCCGCCCUGUCCACUGCACAAUGGUUCUGGACCGACCACGGCUCAGGCAGAUGCUCUCAUGCUUGGUUCUGCCCAGCCUUAUCCCGCAGGUUCUGUGAAAAGAAGAGAACGCUCCGCUGCGAGCCACGAGGCUUUACCCGUCGUCCAACCUGGUUCAUCACGUUUAAUUCCCAGCCAACAUUUGCAAGCGACAUUUUCUUUUAUCACAAAAUUCCCGUCAAUGCGAGGUUCAACAGAGACACAAUGCCUCGGUCACGCAAAUCUGAACAGGUUCCCAGUUUCUGGGACAGUUUUCCUGCAGACCCUCUUCUCUUAUUCCGCGUUCCUCCAAAGCUCGACUUGACAUCUUGUGUGGAGGAUGGUGAGCAAAGGGAAAGCAUCGAAGAUGGGAAGAACGCCGACAUCACCGUCACGAGCCUCUCCUCCGCCUGCUCCUCUCGAAGACGAACGAACAUUACCAGUCUCCCACCCGAGAUCAUUCUCGAAAUUGUUGGCCAUCUUCAUCCCAUUGACCGCGUCUGCCUCGGCCUGUCGUGCAAAUACCUACUUUCCUCCACCCUGCCUACCCUACACUUCACCCGUUUAGACUGGCUGCGCUUUCACGAUCGGCGGUACAGCUUCAUCCUGCCUCAGAUGCCUACCCUCUAUGUACGGCUCGCACACGGCUGGGUCCCCAAGGACAAGUUCCGCUACUGUUAUCGCUGCUCCAAAAUCCUUCCGAGGUCGCAUGAAUACUUUUGGGAGAGACUGCGCAGGACGAAAAGCCCAAGGUUCCGCAACGGACUUGGCAUAUCCGAGAAACACUGGAAGUCGCUCAGUAAGAAGGGGAAAUACGCAUAUCUGGUCGAAAAUUGGUGCCAUUCACCCGAGGAGGAUAGCAGCGGCUUCUACUGUGGCCACUGCUACUAUCGGGAAAAGGAUCGCAUCAACUGUCCAGUAUAUUGUCCCCUGUGCCUGGAGAUAGACUUGACAUGGACCCCUCCGAGGAAGCCUUGGAUGAGGAAAGCCUUGUGCCGGAGUUUGAGGGCUUUAGGGACUCCGUUUGAACUGGCUGCCUACUGGAUCCUUGUCUGCUGUCUUUACGCGAUAAGGUUUUGCUAUGAUCAGGCGAUGCAAUGCUGGAGAGCGUUGCCUUGAGUUUCAUUGCUCUUCUUGGUGGACGAUCUCCAUCGCUAUAUGAGUGGAUUAUGAAUGGCCUUGGUGACCCCAGACCAGGCCUGGAACGUGUCAAUCUGGCGACAGCGGCCCCCAAUUGCAUUGUUCAGGAUCAUGUACAGUAUGGAAGGCGGAGAUGGUAUCGGAGAGCGCCAUGGUAGGCUUGAUUUGGUUUCGCAGGCUGGCGCAGCAUGGCGGGAUGGUGGCUGACUGGGGUAUGGAGGAGUUCACUGGCGCGAGCAGGCUGGUAUCAAGACCGACAGAGCCAAACACCUACCAGACUCGUGGGUGGAUUGAGGGUGCGCGAACCAAGGGGUCUAGGUUCCGGAGGGAUUGCUGCAUUUACUCUAAGAAAGCAUGAUUGACGACUAUGUUCCGGGACAAUAGAGACCAUAGCUGGGUUGGCGGUUUGGCAGGCGGGCGUACGAAAGGUAUUCUGCGUGAAUUGAGAUUCCUAGGCGGGAAAGAGCGUGUGCGCUGUCAAUUACGUCUGAGCUGUCCGGCUUCGAAUUCGAAGACACGUUUUCUGCAUCAUGCCAGAAGAAAUCCG